CAGCUUCCGGGGCAUGCUGCUAGCCUGUCCCCCGUCGUGCCCCGUCGCCUUAACAGAAGAUGCUGGCAUGCAACUGAUGGUCCGAUGGUUUGGAGAGUAUCCGUCUCUCGCAUAAAGGUCGUCUGUGGAACUACCCAGCUUUACUCCCAUUGUGGUCGAAGAGAACCAGCGACCGAGAAGAAAUUGUUGACCCGGGGAUCGACAAUGUGGAUCUAGGUAUAGUGCUUUUGCUGGCCAACAUGUUUGUGUUAGUAGAGAUGACAGAUACAGUGCGAAUUCCUCCAUGGCAAUUUGAAAGAAAGCUUAAUGAUGCAAUCACUGAAGAGUUAAAUAAGAAGUUGGCCAAUAAGGUUGUAUAUAAUGUUGGCCUCUGUAUCUGUCUAUAUGAUAUUACAAAGCUGGAGGAUUCCUACAUAUUCCCAGGAGAUGGUGCAUCACACACAAAAGUACAUUUUAGGUAUGUUGUAUUUCAUCCAUUUUUGGAUGAAAUUCUGGUUGGAGAGAUAAAAGGCUGCAGUCUUGAAGGUGUACAUGUUUCUCUUGGGUUCUUUGAUGACAUACUCAUUCCUCCAGAAUCUCUACAACAGCCUGCCAAAUUCGAUGAAACAGAACAAGUAUGGGUUUGGGAAUAUGAGACUGACGAAGGAGCCCAUGACCUGUACAUGGAUACAGGAGAAGAAAUACGUUUCCGUGUGGUGGAUGAAACUUUCAUUGAUACAUCCCCAACAGGCCCAAGCUCUGUAGAGCCUUCCACAUCUAGUGGCACUGAGGAGACACAGAAGAAAGAAGCACCCUACACUAUUGUGGGAUCUAUUAGUGAACCCGGCCUAGGCCUCCUUUCUUGGUGGACCAACAGUUAAUUGAAGAUAAAGAUGGACAGUUACACAGAAAAAGCCAGGAGAUGCCUUGAUCAACAGUUGCAGAAUGAAAAGGAUAUAAUUACCUGGGAACAGUAUGUUAGCCGAAAACAAAAAGAAAAGAGAAGAUCCUCCAAAUUUAAAAAGUGCAAAGAAAAUAUUCUGAAGGAUUGACCUCAUGCUGCUACAGUUCAUUAUGAAAAU